AUGGAAUUGCAGGUCCAUUUUGGUGUUAAUGCUGCCGGAGCAACAGUCCAGAUCUUCAUGUUCUCUGUCCUUGCAUGCAAGGUUAAACAGAAUGCCCCAUACUGCCACACCUUCUUGGAGAUCAUUUACCGCCGUUAUGGGGCUGCCACCCAUCUUGUUUUUGUGUUUUUCGCAUUAUUAACCAAUAUCCUCGUGGCAAGCCAGCUACUUCUAGGUGGAAGCGCUGUCGUCACGGCACUUACUGGCAUGAACGUUUAUGCGGCUGUCUUCCUCAUUCCAGUAGGAGUCUCCAUCUACGUUGUACUCGGAGGUUUGAGAGCGACUUUUCUGUGUGACUAUUCUCACACUGUAAUCAUGCUGAUCGUCAUUCUUUACUUCAUGUUCUCCGUCUACUCGACAAAUGAUCUCGUAGGAUCCCCAUCCGCCAUGUUCGAGCUUUUACAAACUGCAGCGGUGAAACGACCGGUGGACGGUAACCUGGAUGGCUCAUACCUGACAAUGAAGUCCAACUACGGUCUUAUUUUCGGUGUGAUUCAGCUGUGUUCGGGGCUGGGUACUGUCUUCCUUGACCAGGGCUACUGGCAGAGGGCGAUCGCCAGCCGCCCAACAACCGCUGUGCGGGCCUACAUCAUGGGAGGUCUGGCUUGGUUCGCAAUUCCAUUUGGAUUCGCCACAACCCUUGGUCUCGCUGCGGUAGCCCUCACAGAUAACCCUCGGUACCCUACGUACCCAAAUCCCAUGACGUCGUCGCAGGUCUCAGCGGGGCUCGCUGCACCAUUUGCCGCAGCGACCUUGUUAGGCAAGAACGGUGCUGUGGCAUUGCUUCUGACUCUUUUUAUGGCUGUUACAUCGUCCUCAUCCUCUGAGCUCAUCGCAGUUUCUUCGAUUCUCACAUUCGACGUCUACAAGACGUACAUUAAACCCUCUGCAACACCUGAACAGCUGAUCUUUGUAUCUCAUGUGAUGAUCUGUGUCUUUGGCGUGGUGAUGGCUGUGUUCGCAUGUAUCUGGAAUGCCGUCGGCAUCGAUCUCGGAUGGCUCUUCCUCACGAUGGGGCUCCUUAUUGGCGGUGCGGUGUUCCCAGCAGCCUUCUCCAUCACCUGGAAAGGCCAAACCCGGCUCGGAGCACUUUGUGGGGCUCUAGGCGGCCUUGUUGCAGGCGUCACAGCCUGGCUCGUCGAAGCUAAAGUAUACUAUGGUGAAGUGAAUAUCACAACCACCGGCGGGUCGUAUCCGACUUUGGCAGGAAACAUGGCCGCCGUUUUGACCGGCCUGAUCCUCUCAGUUAUCAUCUCCUAUAUCAAGCCGGACAAUACUUUUGAGUGGGAUGUCACUCGCGCAAUCAAUGCGCCUGAGACCGGGCAGUCUGUUCUCGUCGUGCAGACAGACGGCAAAAACGACGGCCAAAACCCCGACUUGGCGACCUCCCAGGCCGGGGAAAAGGAGGUGCUCCAGGACGCAGCCGUUAUUGAGGACCCGAAGAAGCUGAAGAACGCCUUCGUUGUCGCCGUCGUGACAUCUCUCGUACUUUCCUUCAUCAUGGACUUCUUGAUCCCCAUCCCAAUGUUCCUGUCGCACUACAUUUUCUCGAGAUCAUUUUUCACCGCUUGGGUCAUCAUUUCGUUCAUUUGGGUGUUUGGUGCAAUGACGCUCUGUGGCAUCCUUCCUAUUCUCGAAACAAGGAGAUUCUUCAAGCAUGUGUUUCUCCAGAUGUUGGGCUUGGGUCAGAAAUCGCGGGCGCAGUAG